GCGCUCGCUCCCCGGCUAUUUCUUCGCCUGCUCCGCCCUCCCUGGAGAACCGAAGGCGCUGCCGUUGCAAAAAUCAAUAGCCGGAGCAUCAAAGUGAUGUGAAAUAACCUGGUGACCAAGAUGACUCUUCUACCAGGAGAAAAUUCGGACUAUGAUUACAGUGCUCUGAGCUGUGCUUCAGAUGCCUCCUUCAACCACCCUUUCUUUGCUGAAACAGAAACUCUCAAAGGAGUCUUUUACCAAAGAGCCAAACUCAUUCGCCCUGGGGAAGAACUCUAUGAAAGCAUUCACCCAGAGGACCGAAAGCGCCACAUCAUCAUAAAUGUGGGUGGCUUUAAAUACUUACUCCCAUGGACCACUCUUGAUGAGUUCCCCAUGACCCGCUUGGGACAGCUAAAAUUUUGCAACAACUUCGAUGACAUCCUCAACAUUUGCGACGAUUACGACGUGACCUGCAAUGAGUUCUUUUUUGAUCGCAACCCGGGGGCGUUUAGGACCAUCUUGACUUUCCUGCGGGCAGGGAAGCUCAGGCUCUUGAGAGAGAUGUGUGCUCUUUCAUUUCAAGAGGAGCUGCUUUACUGGGGCAUUGAGGAAGACAACUUGGAAUGGUGCUGCAAGAGGAGGUACCUGCAGAAGAUGGAGGAACUUGCAGAAUUGAAUGACACAGAGGAUGAGUUCGUUGACAGUGAAAACCAGUGCGAAGCGGUGGCGGAAACAAAAGCCGGCCUUUGCAUGAAGAAGUUACAAGAUAUGGUGGAAAAGCCUCAGUCUGGGAUUCCUGGGAAGGUGUUUGCCUGUUUAUCUGUGCUGUUUGUGACCAUCACGGCAGUCAACCUCUCUAUCAGCACCAUGCCUGGCUUAAGAGAGGAAGAGGAGAGAGGCGAAUGUUCUCAGAUGUGCUACAACAUUUUCAUUGUGGAAUCUGUCUGCGUAGGAUGGUUUUCUUUGGAGUUCCUGUUGAGGUUCAUCCAAGCCCCGAACAAGUUUGUGUUCCUGAGGUAUCCAUUAACCAUGAUAGAUAUCAUUGCCAUUCUGCCCUAUUACAUCACUUUGUUGCUGGAUACUGCUUCGGUAAGCAGUAAUAAAAAGCCAACCUCCGGCAACAUCUACCUGGACAAGGUAGGCCUGGUUCUCCGCAUACUCCGUGCCUUGAGGAUCCUCUAUGUUAUGCGGCUUGCCAGGCACUCGCUGGGCCUGCAGACUUUGGGGCUCACGGCUCGUAGGUGCACCCGCGAGUUUGGGCUCUUGUUGCUUUUCCUCUGCGUAGCCAUUGCACUGUUUGCACCCCUCUUGUAUGUGAUCGAAAAUGAAAUGGCAAACUCCCAGGAGUUCACUAGCAUCCCUGCUUCCUAUUGGUGGGCAGUGAUCACCAUGACAACAGUGGGCUACGGAGACAUGGUACCCAGAAGCAUCCCAGGCCAGGUGGUGGCACUCAGCAGCAUCCUCAGUGGAAUCCUUCUCAUGGCCUUUCCUGUCACGUCCAUCUUCCACACAUUUUCCCGCUCGUACAUUGAGCUGAAGCAAGAGCAGGAAAGAAUUAUGUACAGGAGGGCACAAUUCUUAAUGAAAACAAAGUCCAAGUUAAGCAACGCGUCACCAGGGAGUGACAUAUUUCCGAGUAUCUCUUCAGAGACCAGGAACAACGACUGAAACGGAAGUUUCCAUGUCUGCCUGUUGCUGAGCAAACAGUAACGGAUGUCAUCUUGGCAUUUGCUUCUGGAGGCUUUUGGGAGUUGUAUUGUACAAAUAACAUGCAAAAGGGCUUUUAGCCAUUAUGACAGUGGGGACUUAUUCAUCAUUAUGCGUGUUUGCAUUAUUAUUAGGGUGGAGGAUAAGAUUGUUGCUUUUCAGCACAGUCUAGACACAAGGUCAUGUAGUGAGGUUUUAAAAAACAAACAGAUAUCAUUAACCAA